AUGGCUGUCAUGACAGAUCUACUGAAGACCACCACUGGCUUUGUAGGAUUGGCUAGUUGUAAAAAUCCACACAAGUGGCUAAGAAUAUUGUACACAAAGAUUCUUGAUGUUCUUGAGCAAGUUCCUAAAAAUGCAGCAUAUAGAAAGUAUACAGAACAGAUUACAAAAGAAAAGCUGAGCAUAGUUAAGGUGGAACCAGAUGAUAAGAAAUUAGAAGACCAACUUCAGGGUGGCUAUUUAGAGGUAACUCUUCAGUCUGAAAAUGAAGUAGGUCUGGCAAGAAAAAUAGUACAGGGGAAACCAUGGGAGCCUUUAGUAGAACCAAUGGAAAUGGGUAAUAUAAUCACCAUUAAAUGA